GAGAUGGAAUAAACUCAAAGACAUAAUGGUCAGUGGAAAAUACAAGGCAAGGAAGAGCAUAUCAGCAGGCUACCGUGUGUGGGAGGAAAAGCACAGGAAGAGAAGGAGAGAGCGCAUUUGCUACCGUAUUUACAUUUGCCUGCAUAUACACGACUGUCCCCAUGCAGAGGAACAGGAAAGACUGCACUGUCUAUACUCUCUAGGACCUUUGAAUGUCUGCCAUGUGCACAGAGUAAUAUAUUCAUAGUCAAAGCAAAUAAAAUGAAACAUUAAAUUAUAUACUUUCCCAUAUAUAUGUAUAUAUGUGGAAAUUACACACACACACAUAUAUAUUUUGUGUUGCUAAUGUCCCUCCCUACUCCCCGCCCACCCAGGGCCUGGAAGAGAAUCUUCUGGUGGUUGAUCCUACUUGCACUUGACCUCUUAGGGCUGCUCCUGUUUGGCCUCCCUGCUGUCAGGCAUCUGGAAGUCCUUGUCCCCAUGGGUGUCUGCCCUUUGACCAGAACACCCCUGCUGAGAGACAACUUCACGGGUCCCCUGCAUCCUUGGGCCCGGCCUGAAGUCCUGACCUGCACCUCCUGGGGGGCCCCCAUUAUAUGGGACGGCACCUUCGACCCAGAUGUGGCCCAGCAAGAGGCUGCCCAGCAGAACCUCACCAUUGGCCUGACGGUCUUUGCUGUGGGCAGGUACCUGGAGAAGUACCUGGCACACUUCCUGGAGACAGCAGAGCAGCACUUCAUGGUGGGCCAGUGCGUCGUGUACUACGUGUUCACCGAGCGCCCUGCAGCCAUGCCCCGCCUGCUGCUGGGCCCCGACCGUGGGCUACGGGUGGAGCACUUGGCGCGUGAGCGGCGCUGGCAGGACGUGUCCAUGGCGCGCAUGCGCGCGCUGCACCCGGCGCUCGGGGGGCGCCUGGGCCACGGGGCGUGCUUCGUGUUCUGCAUGGACGUGGAUCAGCACUUCAGUGGCGCCUUCGGGCCCGAGGCGCUGGCCGAGUCGGUGGCGCAGCUGCACGCCUGGCACUACCGCUGGCCGCGGUGGCUGCUGCCCUUUGAGCGUGACACGCGCUCGGCCGCCGUGCUGGGCCCGGGCGAGGGCGACCUCUACUACCAUGCGGCCGUGUUCGGGGGCAGCGUGGCCGCGCUGCGGCGUCUGACGGCGCACUGCGCCCGGGGCCUGCGGCGGGACCGCUCGCGCGGCCUGGAGGCGCGCUGGCACGACAAGAGCCACCUCAAUAAGUUCUUCUGGCUGCACAAGCCCACCAAGCUGCUGUCGCCUGAGUUUUGCUGGAGCCCCGAUCUUGGCCGCUGGGCUGAGAUCCACUGCCCGCGCCUGCUCUGGGCGCCCAAGGAGUAUGCCCUGCUGCAAAGCUAGCAAUGCCGGUGGGGGCCCUUCUGGAAGCAGCGGGGCACUGGGGGUGGGGGGAGACUGCGUGAACGCCUCCCCCGCUGCGGCAUGGCUGCAGGAGGCUGGGCCUUUGGGACGUGGCUCCCGGAGGAGGAUGAGCCAUCCCUUUCCAUCGAGACCCGGGCACCUCCAGCUGCCUGGAGACCUUUCACCUCUGACCUUACUGAGUUCAGCGGAGGCCCUCUGAAGAGAUGUUUUAGCCCCUUCCCCAUAUCCCCUACGCUUUAUAUGGUACUGAGGCGCCAAAAGGGAACAUGAUGGCCCGAGGACCCAGAGGAUCUAUGAGUCAGCCUGUGAGGUCAGCAGCUGGAGAGCAAGACUGACCCUCAGGCCAAAUACAUCUGCUUCUAGGCACAAGCCCCAGAUGAAGAAACUCAGUGGCAUCCGGUUCCCUGACUUUGCUGGUUAACCUCCCCCGCUCUCUACACCGUUGGUACAUAGUUAAGUAAUAUUAUAAUAAACUACAUUAUUCCAAAGUGCCCUUAUGGCCCUUUCUCCUAGAGAGUCAAAAGUCCACAAAGAAGACAUUUCCCGGCCACGGGUCCCAUAUGGCUGUUUGGCCACAGUGUCUGGGAGAUCAGUGUUCUCACCCAUGCUUGCUGUCCAGACUCUUCAUCCUCAGUAGGGAAAAACACACGUCUGAGUAGGAGCGUGAAGUCAUGAGGCCCUCCAGGAAAGGUGGUUCCCUCCAGGAAAUAGCUGUGGGGACAAGGACAUUAUCUGCUGGAAGCCUGCCCCUGAGAUUGUCUGACAGUUGGGGAAAUGAGAGGGUGGGCCUUCCCUCUGGGUCUUUUGAACCAUUUAGGUAGUGUUGUCAUAGACCUUGAUUUUUUUUUUUUUUAAUUUGUCUUUUUAGGGCUAAACCCAUGGCAUAGGGAGGUUACCAGGCUAGGGGUUU